AUGGUCAAGAAGUCCCAGAUCAUCACCACUUCUGCCAAACAAGCUGCUGUUGACCUCUGCGGCACUGCUGAUAAUCUGGUCCUCUAUGAUACCCCAUGGAUCGUAUACAACAUGUUCUACGGCGCUGCUUCUUCCGUCGGCACACAGUGCACUCGUUACGAUCAUGUUGUCACCCCAUCCACCGGAAACAAGGAAAUUGUCUGGAGUGCUGAGACCAAUAUCCAAUAUGUGAAAGCUACGGACAACGUACCCAAAGGUUACGCCUUCGUCGGCCUGACCCAGAACCUGGAAACCACAAUCUCCGGCAUCUCCUCCAUCCCCACAACAUACACCUGGACCCGCACCAACACCACCGCAUUCAAAGGAAACGUAUGCUACGACUUCAUGACCUCCAACACCAAAGGCGACUCCACCACCUCCAACGCCCAGGAAUUGAUGCUGUGGUUGCAAUAUGAAGGCGGUCAAUUACCCAUCGGUUGGGCUGCUGGCGCCAAAGCCACUAUCAACAAUCUCUUCGGCACGAGUUGGAAAUUGUAUGAGGGUAAGAAUGAUGAUACUGGUAUUACUGUGCAUACCAUGAUGCCCGAGAAGCAAUUCGAUGGCAGUUUUAGCGGUGAUCUCAAGCUUUGGCUCGAGGCUCUUGUGCAGCAUGGGACCUUCAAGGACUCUACCUACGUCAAUGUUGGAAAUGCUGGCACUGAGUACUUUUACGGCAACAGCAACUUGAACGCUACCCUGGGCCUCCAGAUUAACUUGAACUAA